AUGUCAGAGUUUAAUGUUUCCACGCCGUUGGUGGAUAGAUUGUUAAAUGAGCAGGCUAAAAGUUUUAUUUCCUCGAACCAGCAAAUCAAUUACCUUUACAACUUGUACCAGACCUCGUCAUGGCUCCAAAUCAUUGCCACCUUUAUUGUCUCAGUCUUGCUUUAUGACCAAGUCAGGUACCAGUUGAACAAAGGCUCUAUUGCCGGCCCCAAGUUCAAAGUUUGGCCUAUUAUUGGUCCAUUCUUGGAAUCAUUGGACCCUAAGUUUGAAGAGUACAAAUCCAAAUGGGAUAGUGGUGAGUUGAGCUGUGUUUCCAUCUUCCACAAGUUUGUUGUUAUUGCCUCAAGCAGAGAUUUGGCAAGAAAGAUUUUGUCGUCACCCAAAUACGUCAAGCCAUGUGUUGUUGAUGUUGCCAUCAAGAUCUUGAGACCAACAAACUGGGUGUUUUUGGAUGGUAAGGCCCACACUGACUACCGUAGAUCAUUGAAUGGGUUGUUUUCCCAAAAGGCUUUGGAAAUUUAUAUUGGCGUUCAAGAGAAAUAUAUGGACAUUUAUUUAGAAAGAUUCUGCAAAUACGAGGGCCCAAGAGAAUUUUUCCCAGAGUUUAGAGAAUUGUUGUGUGCCUUGUCAUUGAGAACCUUUUGUGGUGACUACAUCACCGAGGACCAGAUUGCUUUGGUUGCCGACAACUAUUACAAAGUCACUGCUGCUUUAGAGUUGGUUAAUUUCCCAAUCAUCUUGCCAUACACAAAAACAUGGUACGGUAAAAAGAUUGCUGAUGAGACAAUGAAGAUCUUUGCCAACUGUUCUGCAAUGGCCAAAGUUCAUAUCGAAAAUGGUGGUUCCCCAACAUGUAUCAUGGAUGAAUGGAUCUUUUUGAUGAAGGAAGCUAGAGAAAAGCAUUUGGAUGACCCAGAGUCCAGAUUGUUGAUUAGAGAAUUCUCAGACAAGGAAAUCUCUGAGGUUAUUUUCACUUUCUUAUUUGCUUCCCAAGACGCUUCUAGUUCAUUGGCAUGCUGGUUAUUCCAAAUUGUUGCUGAUAGACCAGAUAUCGUUGCCAAAAUUAGAGAAGAACAAUUGCGUGUGAGAAACAACGACCCUAGUGUACCAUUGGACUUGAACCUCAUUAACGAAAUGACAUACACCAACAAUGUUGUUAAAGAGAGUUUGAGAUAUAGACCACCGGUCUUGAUGGUGCCAUAUGUUGUUAAGCAGCCUUUCCCAGUCACUGAGUCGUACACCGCACCAAAGGGAUCAAUGAUUAUUCCAACAUUGUACCCUGCAUUGCAUGAUCCAGAAGUUUAUGACGAUCCAGACACUUUUAUUCCUGAGAGAUGGGAAACCGCUAGUGGCGAUAUGUACAAGCGAAAUUGGCUUGUUUUUGGUACCGGUCCACACGUUUGUCUUGGUAAAAACUAUGUCUUGAUGUUGUUUACCGGUAUGUUGGGUAAGUUUGUCAUGAACUCUGAUAUUGUUCAUCACAAAACCGCAUUGAGUGAGGAGAUUAAAGUUUUUGCAACCAUUUUCCCCAAGGAUGACUUGAUUUUGGAAUGGCACAAGAGAGACCCGUUGGCUGUUUGA